AUGGCAGAAGAAGAUACAUUAUGUUACAAGAUCAUCUUGGUUGGAGAGUCUGCAGUAGGAAAGAGUUGCAUUCUCGUUAGAUUUACAGACAAUACAUUUAAUACACAUUUUGCACCUACACUGGGUGUAGACUUUAACGUAAAGACUAUUAGAAACAAAGAGACUGGACAGACGGUCAAGCUACAGAUCUGGGAUACUGCAGGACAAGAGCGAUUCAGAUCGAUUACACAAACAUUCUACAGAGGAUCACAUGGUGUCAUUUUGGUGUACGACAUUACCGACGUCAAGUCGUUUGAGAGAUGCAGAGAUUGGAUUGCAGACAUUAACCAAUACACCCAAAAUGGUAUGAUUAUCGUUCUCGUAGGUAACAAGAUCGAUAUGACUGCCCAAAGAAAGGUCUCCUUUGAACAAGGAAAGGCUUUGGCCGAAGAAUUAAACAUUAAAUUCUUUGAAACUAGCGCAAAAGAGAAUAUGGGUGUAACCAAUGUUUUCGAUCAUAUUGUACAACAUAUUGAACAAACCAUGAAAGAUACUGAAGUUGAAAAGACUAUAAUUGGAACAGGUGGUGAAGCUCCUAAAAAACCAUGUUGUGGAUCAAGUUAA